CAAAAAUUGAAAAAAAUGAAAAUAUUUUCAACAUUAAUGGCACGUUUACCACGUCCAUAUCAUUUUUCAAAUUAUCCGGAACGAUUUAUACGAAAUCAAACUGAAUUUAUUGAAUGGAAAACACCACCAUUACCAAAUUAUCAGCCAAAAACAGUUCGUUAUCGAAAAAAUGCCUAUUAUGAUAUACAUCGUCCAUGGACAACAGAUUUUCAAGAUCAAAAUGCACCGAAUAUUAAACAUCCGAAAAUUUUUAUCGAACCAAUGAGACAAUUUCCAAUAUUUGUUGGUGAUAUUGUACAGAUAAUGCGUGGAAAAGAUCGUGGUAAACAAGGAACAGUAAACUAUGUUGUUGAACAACGAAAUUGGGUUUGCGUUCGUGGCCUUAAUCUUAAAUAUCGUAUGGCACAACGUGAUCGUUCAUUUGCCGGAAUGUUAAAUGCAACUGAAGAUCCAUUAUUGGUACCACGUGAUGUAUCAUUAGUCGAUCCAGAAGAUAAUCAACCUACAUCGAUUGAAUGGCGUUACGAUGAAGAAGGUAAUCAGGUUCGUGUUAGUAAACGUACUGGUCGUAUUAUACCGAUUCCACGUCGUGCAUAUGAAACACGUGAUUUUACCGUACCUGAAGCAUAUAAAGAUCAACCAAAAGAUACAGCACCAGAUGAAGUAAUUCGAGCAACUUUUAAACCGACAUUGAAAACAUUCGAAAUGGAAAUUAUGGAAGAUCAUGGCAUUGAAGAACAACGUAUACCAUAUCCAAUGUAUUGGUAUUAGAUGAUUAGAUUUUUCCUCAAAUAUUCUGUCUAUGGAAUCCUUCAAUCGAUUGUAGUCAAUUUUUUUGUACAUUUUAAAUUGUUAUUUAAUAAAAAAAAUUAAAAAAUUUCAAAGAAUAUUUGCGACUAUUUGAUGAUUACGGCUUUUAUAACUGGAUCAUCUAAUAACAACAACAAUAAUAGUAAAAGCCAAGCAACGAUUUUAAAUUCAAACAUCUUUGAACAAAUUAGUCCAUUCAGUCUGGCUAGUCGACGAAGUGCAUUUUCGCCUUACAGGCCAUCAACUGUAUUGACCAAUUUACAACGGGGUAAUAUACAAACACAAACAUCAAAUGAACCAGUUUAUCGUAGCGUACAUCAAUUAGCUGCAUUAGGUGAAUUAUUUCUAUGUCAUUUAGAUGAUAAAAUUGUCAAUAAAAUCGAUGAAAAAGGAUUAACACCAUUAUUAUGGGCUGCUUCUUAUGGUCAAUUAGCAUCGAUACAAACUUUACAACAACAUGGAGCUAAUAUACAUUUUCGUGGACCAACCGGUGAAAAUGCUUUAAUGUUAGCAGCAUCAAAUGGACAUUUGGCUGUUAUUAAAUAUCUGAUUUCAUUGGGCAUCGAUUUGGAUCAAACAGAUGAAGAUGGUAACACAGCAUUAAUGUAUGCUAUUUAUGGUGAUCAUAAAAAUUGUGUACAAGAAUUGUUAAAUCAUAAUGCCGAUAUAACCAUUGAGAAUAGUAAUCUGGAUACAGCUUAUUCGAUUGCUGUUGAACAAAAUCUUCACACAGUUCGCGAACUAUUGGAAACCUAUACAUUGAAUUUAUUGAAUCACUAAAUGAGCUUUAUUGGAAACACAUACACACACUGUUUAUUUUUUUCAUUUUAUUUUACAAAUUAAAAAAAAGAAAAGAAAGAUGACCAUCAUCAUCACCAACA